GUCACACCCUUGCUACUACCCUCCUGCUCGGGUAUAGCUGGCGUGAAUUGUGAGCAUGCCCAGUCGAGCGGAGUCGGUGGUGGUCUAUUUUGUACUCCCAUGAGCACAGGAGCAGCAGGCGCAGAAGCCUCGUGCGCCUGCUACGUACUGACCGAAGAUCAGGACGGAGUGACCGGAAUGACUGAGUUGGAUGGGCCAGCCAGUCUGAGUUUCGAGGCCCAACAGCAGCAUCCGUAUGACAUGUCCAGCAACCACCAGGCUGCAUUAUGUGGCGGUAAUAAUAGCUGCCACAUGGGCGCCGGCGAAGCAGGCUUCCUCUACUCCUUGGGAAGUGGCUGUCCAGGAAUAGUGAGCGUUACCACAGCAACCCUACCGCCGUCAUCGUUAUCAUUUCAACAACAGCUUCCACCGCCAGCUCCGCCGCCUCGUAGUCCCCGGAUUGGCUCCAGUAUGACAAUGCGUCGAGCCAUUCAAAUGAACACUUCCAAUGAGGCUGCUGCUAUUUCCAACUCACAUCAUCACUUUCCACACUCGUAUAACCUUAGUCGAAUGGGCUCUGCCAGCGGAGCCAGUGUCGGCCCGGAAACAGGUAGUCUUCCUCGAUCCAGCUCAUCCAACUCAUCUGCCACGAUCUCUCGUAUCCCCAGUGGCUAUUCAGCCCAAUCACGACAACCACAUCGGCAGGCGACUUCGGUAGCUCAGAAUCCAAUGGUUUCAUGCUCUUCAGCUUCCUUUUCUGCUGCCCCAGGAGUGGUGCCGACACUUCUUCGGCUGGAUCUGCGUUCCGAAGAGGAUCACUUGACUCAGCAGCAUCUAUUGCAUCAACAGCGCCGCCGAUAUCGUGGCCUACCUGCUGGAGCCGUACCUACUCCAUUGAACGGAUUGCCACCAUUCAGUACAGCCAAGCAAGUGGCAUUUGCUCUCGGGCCCGUCGAUCAUCCUACACGGACUACGUGCACGGCCAAUCACAAUGCCUAUGAGGGUCUGACGGACUCUGACUCAAAUAAUACUGCAGGUGAGCAGACUACUAUACCUCGGUACCCACGGUUUGGCAUUCUAUGA